ACUUUUUCUCUGUACACUCAUAAUCUCACCAGCCUUUCACACACACACACAAAAGUGAAAUCUGCUUCUUCAUUAAUUCUCUCUUCUUCUUCUUUUUUUGUUUUCUCCCAAGAAUCCUAGGAUUUGGGGCAAGCUAAUUAAGGUUGGAGUUUGAUGUGGUUGUUGUUGUUGUUGAUCCAGUGGAUGAAAAGAUGAAAUCUUUGAGCAGCAUAGGGCUAGCUUUGAGUGUGAUCUUUGGGUGUCUUUUGAUUGCUCUUCUUGCAGAGUUAUACUACCUGUUAUGGUGGAAGAAGAGGAUCACAAGAAGAGGGAUUGAAGAUGGGCCAGGCAAGGAAAUUUUCUACUUUUUCUGUGGCAAAAAACCAUCUUCUUCUUCAUCUUCUUCUUCUUCUUGUUCUGGAAACUCUGCAAUGAAACCCCAGGAGAUUUGUUCCAGAAAUACCCUUGUCCAUGAACCUCAGCCUCAGGUGCAGAGCCCCCAUGGGGAUGAAAGCAUGGAGGUUGAGCUUUUGAGACUCUCUGGUCCUCCAAGGUUUCUGUUCACAAUCAAGGAAGAGACAAAGGAGGAUUUGGAGUCAUCAGAGGAUGGGAAAUCCAAGAGCAGAAAAGGGUCAAGAACCAGAAGCCUAAGUGAUGUUCUUGAGACUCCAUUUUUGACCCCUAUUGCUUCUCCCCCAUAUUUCACCCCACCCCUCACUCCUCUCAUCAACCCUUUCUUUGAAUCCACCACAGAUUUUGAGUUCUCCAGUAAGCCUUCUCCCCCUCCAACUUUUAAGUUCUUGAGAGAUGCAGAGGAGAAGCUUCACAGAAGCAGAAUCUUGGAGGAAAAAACCCAGAGAUUGGUCAAGAAAAAGGAAGCUUCAGCUUCAUCUUCUCAUGUUUCAGACAAAGAAUUAGCCCAGAUUUCACCACCAUUCCUUUCUGCUCAGGAGAAUGCCAAGUUCAGAUUCUCUCCCUCACCAUUUUCAGCUAGAGAUGAGGAGAAUAAUGGCUCAUUCAUUACACUUAUCUUUCCGAGAACCAGAGAGGAACAACAUGGUAAUAAUAAUAAUAAUCUCAGUGUUGUUUCACACUACCCUUCAAGCUCUUCCCAAGUUCUUCCUUUGGCUACUUCCCCUCCUGCUCCACAUUCACCAUUAUCAAGGCUCAGACCCCUCCACACCAGAAGCUUCACCAGAUGAAUCAUUCCUUUCAUCAGAUUAGUGAGGAGUAAUUUUCUUGAUUAGCUCUUUUUUACUUUUGUUUGGAUUUCCCUCCCUCUUUAUUUCUUUUUGUUCGAGAGAAACUGUAAUCACUACUUUAGGUGUGUACCAGGUACUGGGUAAAUUCUGUUUUGUGAUCCUAGCAUGUAAAGAAAUACAAGGAAAAAGACCAGACUAAGUUGCUCAUAACUGAUAAUGAAAUUUGAACUCCUAACCUUUUGAUCAAAAUUUGUAUCUUUGGUCAUAUUGGUGGGGUUGCUGAGA